AACAAUAAGUCAUAAUAUUGUGUCACCACUGUCUCAAUGUCCAUACUUGAAAAAAGAUAAAAUAAAAAAAGGAGAAAGUAUCAAUUUUUGUUUGCUCUUUUUUAAUACUUUUUUUAUUUUUUGUAAAUACAACAUCCAAAAUGCUUCGCCAAUUGAAUAAUUUAUCAAAAUUUACUACUUCCUCUUUAAAAUGUGCUGCCAAUAACACAGCUGCAAUCCUUAUAAAUCUAAGUGCUUCACCACAAGGCGAUUCUUCUUUACCUUCAUUACAACUUGUUACAUAUUGGAUAGCUGAGACUCAAAGAGGCUUGGAUGCUUUUUUCAAUGACAAUUAUGAAUUAGCUCAAACUAUAUUUUUACAGCAUCAUAAAGAAUCACCAUUUCAUGCAGUUGGCUUUGCUUUAAUGGCUUACAUUGAAGCCAUGCUUGGCUUUGAGUCUGACAAGAUUCAAGUUGCUCUUGAACGAAUCGCAGCAGCAGAAAUUUUAGCUCGUCAAUUUUUAAAAAAGGCACAAAAAAAAAAUUGGCAUCAUGCAAAACAUAAUCACUUAGAAGAGCCGUCAUUGCAAGAUGCUGUUGUUAUAUCUUUUGAAGGCACUAGUGAUUCUAGUUCAACGAAAAAAUAUCAUUAUUUGAAAAAAAUUGAUAUCCUAUAUGAAUUAUUAGUUACAAGUUGUAUGCUUAUGUCUUCCACUAUACAGUUUUUGAGAAACAGUUGGUUAGAAUACAUGAAAGCUGCAUACAAACUUCGUAAAACUUAUAAACUAUACGAGCAAAUGUUUGAAACUAUUACAGGUCAAAAAGCAUUAUUAUAUGCCCUGAAUCUAAAAAAAUCCUCUGUAGCAUCUGGGAGUCAACAACAAAAAUCAUUCAAUGCGGCCACUUCUCCUCCCUUUGAACAAUCACGAUCUCUAGCAACUAUUUUAACGAAUUCAUCUUAUACCCGAAGCUCCUGGAAUGAAAAACGAUUGAGCCUUUACUAUGUAUCUAAGCCAGUUAACUUUGAUGAUAAUACGAGCUGUAAAUGUCGCCCUUUAUCUGCUUUAGAUUUGUAUAAAAAUAGAGGCAUUGUACCUACAUCAUCUGAUUCUUCGUGUACAAUUAUUGAUAACACAAUUGAAAGUGGAGUUUUUUUUGGCGUUGGAUUAUUUAGCUUAAUUUUCUCCUUACUACCACCUCGAGUCAACAAAAUUUUAAAUACAUUUGGAUUCCAUUCCUCUCGACCUUUUGCAAUUCAUUUACUUCAACGAUCAGUUAAAAGCCAAGGCUUGUACUCAACUUUAUCUGCACUUUCAUUACUUGUAUAUUAUACCAAUCUUUCAUUAUUUAUUCAUCCUCAAUUAUUACCUAACUCCCUUAGUCUUGAAAGCACACGAGAAAUUCUUGAUCAAAUGAAGCAGUUAUUUCCACAAGGCAAAAUCUGGAAGUUGCUUGAGGGAAAAUUGUGUAAAAUGGAAGGGAAAACACGAAGAGGUGUUGAAAUUUUGAGGGAUGCGCGACGUAGAGAAAAUGCAAGUAUUCAAGUAGGAUCAUCUAGUUCGGUAUUUACUACUAAAAAGAAUGCCUUAUGUGAAUUAGCACAACUCCAAACAUUAGCAGUUUAUGAAAUGGGAUGGGGCCAAAUUUUCUUAGGUGACUAUUUUCAAGCAUCAGAAACGUUUUUUAGAUUAGAAAGUAUGAAUAGUUGGUCAAGGGCAUUUUAUCGUUACAUUGCUACUUGUUGUAUGUUUGCUGAUGAAGAGUAUGACAAAUCAGCUACAGAGUAUAUGGAAAUACCAGAUAUUUUGAAGAGAAAAAGACAUUUAGGAGGACGUUUAUUACCGAACGAAAUAUAUACGGAAAGGAAGAUAAGACACUGGAGAGCAAAGUGUUUGAAGAAGCAAACAACAAAAUGUCAUGGUUUGACUGUAGAUGAUAUAGUAUUAGAUGGUCCAAUACUUAAAAGUGUUGUGGUUGUUCAUCCUUUAUGGGAGCUUAUUUAUUUAUGGAAUGGAUUUUCUCAGUUAAAUGCAGAUAUGCUGCAAUCUAUUAAACAAUCUAUAGAAAAUACUUUAAAUACUAUUCAUAAAGACGAAAUGUGUAGUGAUAUAUCUCAACUGUACUUAUUAUUGGGAGUUAGUGUAAGGGAACUUGGUGAUUUUGAUUCAGCAGACAUGUAUUUACGAAAAUCAAUACACUAUGAAGAUUAUCAGAGCGAAGAUCGAUGGGUUAUACCACAUGCCCUUUAUGAAAUGGCUACUCUGUGCUGCUUCAGAUUUAUACAGAUUAAAAAAGAUCUGCAUAUGCAAAAGAAAUUGUAUAAGGAGGCACACGAUUGGAUUCAUAAGUCAGAACGUUGGAUAAAUAAUGAACAGCAACAUUCUUCUCCUGAAUCUUUAAAUUCAGAUAAUACAGGUGAUUCAGAUUGGGAUAGUCGACUUCAUAUUCGUUGUCAACUUUUAAAAGAGAAACUAGAAGAUUUUCGAUAUUAAUAAACAUGAUUAUGUAGUUUUGUAUUUUUAUUACAGUGUCUUUGUAUUUGAAAAUAGAAUCUCUUCCGUAAGCUAACAUUAAGAAAUAAGGUAAAAUAGUAGCAUAGGAAGUUUUUCAUUGUAAAAGAUAAAAAAAAAAUGAACUGUGCGUUUAUAUAUCUGUAUGCACGUAUAUAUUAAAAUGAAAAGCUUCUUAUACUACUAUAAACUACUUACAAAAAUUUACUUGAUUGUUUAUCCUACCUAAAUCAAUACCAGUUGGUUCUACUUCAUAUCCCAAUGUGAUAGAUACUCUCAGCUUAUGUUAUCAGCAACUAGAGUUCCAUAAGCUUGACUUUAACUUUUCGUAAGAUUUUGAAAAAUAUAUAUGUAUCACAACACAAGGCAGAUUAUGUGCUCAAAUGAGUUAUACACUUUUAUUUAAUAAAAUUAAUAUUUAAUAGUAAUAUAUGAAAUGUG